GAGGCACACAGCUACUUAUGCAACUCGCUAGUACACCCCAGAGGCUAUAAUACCCUAGUCGGCUACGUCCCGCACGCUAGUGCUCCAGUCAUGCCCUCCGUCAGGAUCAAGAGGAGCCACGACAACUACGCAUCCCUUCGCGACGAUCCGGCACCCGCCCCUAAUCGCCGCAGGAGUCGCACCCUGACGGAGCUCUUCGCUCCUGGAAACGCGUCCGCGACCGAUUCUCCACAUGCCGACAAUGCUACUCGACGACGGGCGGACUCUGCCAGUGUUCCUGGCCCCAGCGGAGCGUCCAACGAUGGUAGACCCUAUAGCACGUUCCCCCGCCAACCGAGUCGUGUAACGAGCCAUAUACUGCGAGAUUCUGUUAGAUCGGCCAGGCCCCCUACACUACACGAAGACCGCCGUCAGCCACCCUUGAUCCAGAAGGCCCUGGCAGGCAGCCAUGCAUCGCACGAACGCGAUCAGGCGGGGAACUACCUUUUACAAGGUGCCCAGGAAACGAUUGCCAUGCGCGAGGAUCCCAUGCACAGUCGUGUAGGCAGUGCGGUCAGUUUGCUAUCCGACGAGAGCACUCAUCACGAAGACGAAGUGGUGGAGCAUUUGGAUGUUAUCGACCCUGAGAUAGCAACGGUCUCCAACCUGGCCAACGCCGCCAAUGCGAUCGUAAUUCCGCCCCUUUCCUUCUACUCUCGGAAACCCGUGGUCGUCCUUCCUAAACGGUCUGCCCCUUCCAGAGCGGAAAACGGAGAAUACACUUUGGACGAGCUGGACACGCAUGUCGAGGAUGUUCUGACCAAAAAGCAGCAAUUCAAGCGUAUAAUGCGUGGGGUAUGGGCAUUUUGCAAGACUCCUAUCGGCUUCAUCGUCGCUAUAUACGGCUUCCUCAUCGUUUUCUGGGGAACGGCCAUUGUACUCUUCCUCGUGAAGUGGAUCAACCUUCAUAACAGCAUAGCGCAGGGGUAUUGGCUCGAACUUUCGCAGCAGGUGGAGACCGGUCUGUUCACGCUUACCAGCGUUGGGUUGAUCCCUUGGCGUGUCGUCGACACAUAUCGCAUAACCAUCAUAUGGUGGUACAAACGGAAAACUCGAAAAUUACGAAAGAAGGCAGGUCUCCCAGACCUGUAUGACGAAGACGACCUACCCGAUCCGAAGUACGACGUGAACUAUGUCCACGUCUUAACAGAGAAACAGCAGCGGACGCUACAUUACCACCAGCAACAGUUCACGAAGUCGCAAACUUGGUAUCGGCCGCAUGGUACUGAGACUCAUCGGGCUUUCCCUAUCAAUAUCGCCCUCAUCAUAUGCCUUCUUAAUGACGGAAAUUCCAUAUUUCAAGUCGGGUUGUCUUCCGUGAUGUGGGCCUUAAAUCGUUUCGACCGACCGGCUGCAACUACAGCGACUCUUCUCCCAGCGUCAUUCAUUUGCGGUAUCCUUUCCGCGGUUUUCAUAUGGAUCGGCUCCAAGAGAACUCGACGUACCGAAAAAGUUGAAGAACGUCUCCGAACGGCACUCAACAUGGAAAAAUCGUCAAACGUUGUCGACGAGAAACCUGCGACGCAGCAGAGGGAGGAGGUAGAGUCGCCCCCCGAAUUACAUGGGAGCGUUACUUCACGCGAUUACGUGUCGGAUACCCCUACAAGAAGGCGCAGUCGUGAGCACUCUGAGGACGGCCCGACAGCAACGCAGAUAUCAAUUCCUGACAUCGUUAUCGAGGAAGAGAUAACCGUUCCUCCUCACGAACAGCUUACCAACUAG